AUGUUGCAGAGAUACGGGGGGUCGAGCGCCCUUUUAUCUCCACACUUGGUGUGCAGGCGUAGGGGCGUAGUUUACCGAAUCCGAGUCAGUCUGGUCCACCAGCAGCAGAGACAACACAACUCAUGCAGCAACACCAGACACAGAAAAAUAGUAGUUAUUCCAUUUAGCCAGAAGGAUCAAACGCUCCAUUAUAAGAAUAUCCCCUUCUGUGUAGAGCUUCUUGACCGUAAAAGCAAAAAGGAUCUCCUGCAAAUAUACAAGACGGUGAGAAGGAAAGAUGAGAGGAAGAAUCUUCCAUCCGAUUUUUUCGAGAACUUAUUUUUAUGCACGAGGAAGUUUGUGCGCUCGUUGCUGCCACAUGAGUUUGUACGAAUUUACAAAACAAUGGUAGUUGUGGGGAAGAAGGACAGGGAGCUGAACUUGCUAAUGCAUCAGCAGAUGAAGAGGAUACAUGCUAACUUUGACGUCACCAGUAUUAGUAAGCUCUUUCAAUUAUUUACCUUUGCCAAAUCGAAGCCAGUGCAUUUGGUAAAGAUGUUGGCAGAGACGUUCCUCCGGCGUCUGCAGGGUGAAUCGGCACAUCAUGUCGAUUCGAUCAAAUCGGCUAAGUCAGUCCAGUUAGCCGGGUCAACUCAGUUGGAUGAGUCAGACGAGCCUGCGGUGCUGCCCUGGCACGUGCGGGAACUGGUGGCCAUUUUCUGCUUCUUCCGAAUCGACUCGAAGAAACACAUAAAGUCGAUCUUCCACCACUGCACCCCGUGGAUAGGGAAGAACGUGCAAAAGUUCACCCCCAAGGAUGUGACCAUAAUUCUGUAUAGCACCGUGCACUUGGGGAGGCAGGACCCCAUUAUCCUAAGCGCUGUAGUGAAGCAUAUCGCCUUUAAGGGGGACUCCUUUCAGUUUUUCCAGCUAGCCAUUAUCCUUAACUGUUUUGCCAAAUUGGGAGAAAAGAACAACAAGCUAUGCAAGGUUGUGUGUGAUCAGGUUAAGAGGAGGAUGCGUGGGGUGCCUUCUCCAGGGGUUGCUACUGAAUGCGCUCCCCCCGACGAAGUGGUCGAAAUAGGUUCCACUGGUGUAGAAGCGGAAUGUGUGGCAAACGUGCAGGGAAGUGCCUCUGCUAAGGAACCAAGUGGAUAUGCAGUCAGGCAGAACCGAGGAAACUGCACUUCGGGGGGAUACCCCCAACCGAAAGACGUAUCCAUCCUGCUGAACGCCCUCAUAAGGUUGGAACAUUACGACAACGCAACGUUCAACUGUCUCAUCCCCUUCAUCGUAAACCACGCGUCCAAGUUUUCCCCCCAAUCGUUAAGUAACCUGGUUCACGCAUACUCUCAGAUGCAAAUAAAGAACACCCUGAUGUUGGAAAAACUAUCGGAAGAAUGUAUUCUAAAAAUGAAAAAGUUCAAAAAUAUCGAGAUGAGUAAUUUGGCUAGCUCACUUGUUAGGUUGAAUGUAAAAAACAAAAUUCUGUUUACCUACCUGAUAGAUGAAUUUCUCUACAGAGCCACCAUUGGGGUGAAGUAUAAGAGCUACCAGUUUGAUGUGGUUUCUCUGCAGCAGCUGGCCUACUCCUUUAGCAAAGUGGGUCUGAGCGAUGAGAAGGUCUACGUGGUGCUGCACCGGUUGCUGCUUAGGAGGAUCGGUCAACUUCGCAAAAAUGGCAACAAAUCAAUUCAAGCUGCUGCACUGGUGGGGGGAAGCAAAGACGAACCGUCACAUGGGCAAUCACAUGGGCAGUCAAAUGAGCAGUUUAAUGAGAGGGCGUCCUCCUGUGAAGACGGCAUCGCUCGGAGAGGGCCCCAGUUCGACUUCCUCUGCCUGUCCACUUUUGUGAACUCCUACGCCGCUGCAAAAAUGAAGCCAAAACACUUGUUCCACUUUAUUAGCUACAUUAUAAGGGAGAAAAAAAAAAAAAAAGAGAUCCUGUCGAACCAGUCCUUGUGCUGUCUAGUCUACGGACUGGCAAAACUGGAACUCCCAGAUAGGAAGAUCCAUCAGGUAUUACUCAAAGAAGGCACCGAACGGGUAGAUACGCUGAAGCCAUUCCAGGCUGUACUUCUCCUGUAUUCAUAUAGCAAGCUAAGAAUAUACUCACGCAUGUUUGUGAAGAAAGCAGUGCAGCUGUGCAGUCGGAACAUCCACCAGUUAACCUUGGCUGACUUAACCUUAGCAUGUUACUCCCUGUCAAAUUUGCUCUACAGAGAUGUGAUCUUUUUGUAUAAAGUUUCCAAAGUUAUACUACUUAACAACUUCCAAUUCGAGAAGACCAACGUUUGUCAGUUGUUUAAUUCGUUUACCAAGUUGUGCUUUUUCUACAAGCCGAUUUACCAGUUGGUGUUCCAAAGGAUGUUAGUCUGCAUGCACGACUUGGGGGAGAAGGAGCUCGCCAACGUCGCACUCUCCUUCGCGUAUUACUUUCACACGGUGCGGUUGUGCCUUUGUGAAGGGGCAACGGAGGAGCAAGAAGGGAAGCAAAAAGAAAAACAAGUAGAGAAGCGAUCGCAGGAGAAGCAAGAAACGAAGCGAUCGGACGUGAGGCAAGAAACGAAGCAGUCCGAGUGCCACCUGGUGCAAAGCCACCCGGAGCUCUUCUUCAGAAACGAGCUGAGCAUUUUUUUUAACCUCAUCUUUUUGCUAAACGAAAAGCACCGCCAGAAAAUGUCUAUUAUAAGCAUCCAGCAGCUGCAGGUAGUCGACCUCUACCUGAGGGCAUUCUUCCCCAAGUAUUGUGAUUUCCCAGGAUUUGUAAGAACCUUUUUUGUUAAGGUGAGAAGUGUGAAGUUACGCAUCGAUGACUAUCUGAUCAUGUCGUCCAAGACGCACCGAAACGUGUCCCGUUUUCUUAGUCUAGUUGGUGUUGCGCACAGGAGCGAAGUUCAGUUCGGCCCAUACCAGCUCGACAUCGUGGUGGACUUCCUGCAGGAUAGGAAAAAAAUGAGGGGAUUCUUCCCAAGUGGGGCAAACUCCAACGUGGAGGAUCACCGCAACGUGGAAGAUCACCCCAAUGUUGAAAUAAUUUAUAAGACGAAAAGGUUGGAGGGAGAGAACCUCCUCUCUAAAAGCAGUGAUUCCGAAAUAGCAAAUGCAUGCAACGUGGUGGAAAAAAAAAUAAAAAAAAACAUCCUCGUCGAAGUGGAUGGGGUGUCUCACUUCUACAAGGAGAGUCACAGUAGGACCAUCAACUCGAUUAUAAAAAAUUUUAUUUUACAAAAAUGCGGGUGGCACAUAAUACACGUGCCCUAUCAAGAAUGGAAUCAGUGCGUCGAUUUUAAGAAGAAGGUUCUAUACGCCGUUCAGGUGUUGCGAUACAUUUUGCGAAUCAACAGGGAGGACAUCUCCGUGGGGGAUUUCCUUCACCUUUUGGGAGACCACCCCCCUGUGCAGGGACAAACAUACAGGACAGCAAACGUCGUACGCACGCCUGACAGAGAGGAACAUGCCACAUCUGUAGAAGCGGAAACAAUCACAUCUAACUAUGGAGAGGUGAAGAAUGAACCCGACCGAAAGGACAUCCCCCACUUCUACACCAUCAGCGAGGAGGAGCUGUUCCGCAAUCAGACGAAGAACCGAAGCAGACAUCAGAAGGGAUUAAUGGAAAAGAUGCGCCAGGAUAACCAACUCAGCUACCACUUUAAUGUGGCACGUCAAGCAGGUGGCGGAGAUGGGGAUGCUAUUGCGAACGGAACAGAUGAGCUGUCACCCUGCGUUGGAACUCAGACGUGA